CUGACAGGAUCGAAUAUCGGUCCUUUUGACGGUUUUAUGACAAUGAGAACCAACGCUAAGAGUUUCCUCUUCGUACCGUCAAAAGUCCUGACAUUAUGCGGGGUCUGGCCAGUUGAAAAAACGUCACUCUUCAGCGUAAUUUAUAGAUCGAUAAUGUUAUCAUCUCAAUUUUGUUUCCUCGUGUUCAAUGGCAUCUACAUCGGUUUAAUGUGGGGAGACCUGAAAGCGGUAUCCGACGCUCUGUACAUGUUCUUCACCCAAUCAACGUGCUGCAGUAAAGCAAUUGGUUUCUACUUUAACUUCCUGAAGAUAAAACGAAUCGUCGCUUCCAUGGACGACGUACUAUUCACGGCCAUGUCCAUCGAAGAUCAAGCCACCAUCUUUAGCCACUCGAGGACAGUAAAUAAGCUAUAUAAAGGUGUAUUGGGUUUCACGGGCUUUACUCUUGUGCAGUGGACAGUGUUAUCGCUGAUCGGUAGUGAAAGAACGCUACCCUUCAAUGAAAUGUGGGUACCGACUGAUAUAAGCAAAUCCCCAAACUAUGAGAUAACUUUUGUUGUUGAGCUCUGGAUGAUGGUCAUAUCAGCCGCUUUAUUCAUGUCUGUAGACACAAUAACGGUGGCUACGAUGAUGUUCUCUUGUGCUCAACUCGACAUUAUUAUGAAAAAAACACAGCAGAUACAAGAAAUACCCUUAUCACCAGACUUAUCAUCAAGAAACAGAUCAGAACUUCAUGAAAAGAAUAAUGGGAUUCUUGUUGACUGUAUCAAGCACCACCAAGCUAUAGUAAGAUUUUCAGAAUUAUGCGAAGGUACUUUUCAAGUACAUUCGUUUUUUCAUCUAGGCGGUAUUGUGUUCAUGAUUUGUGUCAUAGGAUUUCGGAUGGCCGGGCAACGUUUAUUUCAUGAACAGGAGUCACCAGUAAGCGCACAGUUCUGGGCAGCUCUCAGCUAUUUAGUUAUCAUUUUGGGCCAACUAUACCUUUACUGUUGGUGCGCUAAUGAGUUAACAACCAAAAGUGAACAAUUGCGAGACAAACUAUAUCUGACUCCCUGGUAUGAUCAAGAUAUGAAAUUCAAAAGGAAUCUAUGUAUCGCUAUGGAGUGCAUGGCUAAAUCACUCACCUUCAGAGCCGGAAGCUAUAUACCGUUAUCUAGAGCUAUGUUUGUGUCGAUUCUGCGCUCUUCGUAUUCUUACUUCGCGUUCCUGAAUCAAGCGAACGAGCAAUAACACGUUUCAGAUUAACAAAAAUCUGCAGAAUUAAAGACUAUAAAGAUAAAGAUAUAGAAGCCUUUAUUAACAACCUUAAUUCAUAUUUAUGUACAUACUAUUCAUUUUUUUUUUCUUUGCGUUUGACAUUGGCUAAGAUUGUUUUACUUUUGCUUAGGCCUCCCCCAAAUCCUGCCAUAAGUUCCGGUCGUGGCAUUUCCUCUUCCACGAAAAGCCUGCAACGGCUUUUAAAGACUAUAAAGAGUCUUAAGGGCUUUGUUAAAUAUAUCAUCAUAUCUUAUCUUAUACCUUUAAACGAGCAAUUUUUGUAUAUAAAUAUAUAUAUAAUCUGAAUCUCGGAAACGGCUCCAACGAUUUUAAUAAAAUUUAGUAUAAAGUGGAUUUUGGGGGCGAUACAUCGAUCUAUCUACGAUUUAUUUUCAGAAAAUGUUGUUUUAUUCGUGUUUUCAAUAAUCAACU